UUUUUUUUUUUUUUUUUUACUACAAAUUCUUAAAGGAACCUGAAUGAUGACUUCCACCAACGGUUCUUUGAUAGUAGGUUGGAGGUUAAAUGGUCGUCAUAUUCUCAUCAUUGGCGGUAACCAAAUUGCUUCAAACCGUAUUGAAUUUGCUUUAAUUGCAAAACCUAGAAAAAUAACGUUAAUAACCCCUCAUAAUAAAAUCACUUCUGAUAAAAUUAGAGAACAUAUCGCAAAAAACAAUGUAUCUUAUAAAGAUAGUGAAUUUAAACCAAGUGACCUUAUCGAAAGUAAUAAUUUACCCGUAGAUUUUGUUCUUUCCGCGGUUGAUAAUCAACAACUUUCAGAACAAAUUGCUAAUGUUGCUCGUGAAAAAAGGAUUCCCGUUAAUAUAGCUGAAAUACCGCAUUUAUGUGAUUUUUGGUUUAUGCCAACAUAUCAUGAUAACCAUUUACAAGUUGCUAUUUCUACAAAUGGAACUGGACCUUAUGUUGCUCGUAAACUUAGGCAACAUAUAUUUGAAAAUAUACCUCCAAAUAUUACGGCCGCAAUUAAUAAUGUGGAUCUCUUGAAACAAAAUUUAGGUGUUACUAAUAUAUCCGCAUUUACAAAGAUAAUUGAUACUUUACCUUUAAGUGAACUCACAAAACUUACAAGUGAUGAUAUUAAAAAAUUAGUAUCUAAACAUAAUGUUGAUGAUGAAGAAAUCGAAGUAUCUUCAACUUCGGAAAGUAUGGAUGAGAAAAAUUCUGAUGUUACUAUCAUCGAUGAACGACAAGAUUCUAGUUUUACACUUAAAUCAAAACUUUUCGAUGCAAAUGGUGAUGUUAUUAUUCCAUCAUUCACUUCAGGUGGUACUCAAUUGGUUGAUGGUAAAACUGCCGUUGAACAUAUUGCUUACGCUUUUAGUACAACUUCAUUUAUUUAUCCAACAACUCGAACGAAUUAUGUUGGAAAAGCAGCUUUAAGUUGGGUUUCACAAAAAGUUCCUAAUGCUUUUGGACAAUCAAGUCAAGUGAUUAAAAUGGAUACUCGUUAUGGAGCAUCCGCAGCAAUUUUGGGUGUUAUGGCUCAUUCAAGAUUGGAUAAUGUUUCAAUUUUUGCAACUUCGCAAUCAAUUGUUCCUAUGAUACCAAAUUUUUAUGGAAUUGUUCAAGCAAAUAUUCCCUUGGUCAUACAUGUUUCUGCUUCAGGGAAUGACGAUCAAAUGAUCAAUUACGUUAAUUAUAAUGAUGUUUUGAUAGCUCGUGAAACGGGUUUUGGAAUAAUUAAUUCUUAUUCUUCUCAAGAAAUUCAUGAUAUCGCAUUGAUAACUCAUUUAAUUUCGAUAACAACAAAAACUCCAUUCCUUCAUGUGUUUGAUGGAUUAAAUACUUCUCUAGAGUUAUCUAAAGUCAACCUUUUAUCUUAUGAUAGUAUCAAUAAUUUAAUUGAUGAAAUUAGAAGUUUACCUAUUUCUUCAACUAAAAAUUCAGACGUUUUGGAUUGCUUUGAAAUUAUUGCUGAUAAAAUUGGCAAACUUACGGGUCGUCAAUAUCGUCCUUUUGAAUAUAUUGGAGACCCUAACGCUGAAUCGAUCCUUGUCGUUUUAGGUGGUGAAACUGUCAUAACAAAAGAGACUGUGAAACGAAUUAAUUAUGGUGAAAAGAAAGUUGGUAUUAUAAUUGCAAGAGUGUAUCGACCUUGGUCAGAGAAACACUUUUUGGCAGUUGUACCAAAAACUGUAAAACGAAUUGCAAUUUUGGAACAAGUUGCAUCAAAAGAAGAUUAUUCAUUUGGGCCAUCAAUAUUUAAUGAUAUUGCUGUUUCAUUUUCUUCGGAUAAUUCUUGGAUAAAUAAAUCUCCAAUAUUAAUAGAUGCCAAAUAUUUAACAACGCAAAAAUUUUCUCCAAGUGUCGUUCAUGCUAUUUUAAAACAAUUGAUAUCUAAUAACAAUAACAUUUUUAAUGAAGAACUUUUAUUGGAGAAGGUUGACAUUCCUUUAAUUAAUAAUAAUGUAAAACAAUGUAUUUUUUGGGAUUCAGAAACUCAAGAAACUAUUCAAGCUGUCAAACAUAUUUCAAAAAUUCUUGAACAACAUUCUAAAUUAAAUUUUACUACAUCAUCCACUUUUGAUAUAUACAACAAUAGAGGUGUUGUAACAACCAAUUUACAAUUAGGAAAUGAUGUCAUAAGUGGUUUACAAGAUAUUGAAUCCGAUUACGAUUUCAUUUCUGUACAUGAUGUUAGUUUGACAAGCAAAUAUAAUGUAUUAGCAUCAGCUAAAAAUGAAGCUGUUGUCGUUCUUAAUACAAAUUGGACUGUCGAUGAAUUAGAGACAAAAUUACCAAAUGACUUUAGAUAUGAAGCUUCAAAGAAAAAUAUUAAACUUUUUAUCUUGAAUUCCGAGAAAAUAGCUCAGGAUGUUGGAUCUACUCUGAAAGCUGUUAUUAGUGUAAUAUUUCAAAGUGUGUUUUUAAGAUUAUUUAGUAACGUGAUCAAACUUGAUUGUAAUUUAGAAGAUUCUAUCAUAGAUUUAUUUGAAGGUAAUAAUGAAAAAGAAGCUUCAUUAUUAAUUUGCGCGAUUUGUCAACAAUUAGAGAAAUCAAUUGUAAGCGUUGAACUUCCUCCCACAUGGGGAAUUUUGGAAAAGUCGGAUCAAAAUUUACCUUCAACUAUUCAAAGUAAUUCAUUAGAUAGAAAUUUGGAUCAACCUGAGAUAGAGAAACCAAAACUUGGGAAUUGGCAUGUAGUAGCUCAGAAUUUACUUUUCAAAGAAGCUUAUAAUUUUGAUCGAGACAUUCGUCCUGAUUUAUCUGAAAAGACAUACAUAAUUCGUGUUAGUGAAAAUCGACGAUUAACACCACCAUCUUAUGAUCGAUAUUUGUUCCAUAUUGAAUUUGAAAUAGAUGGAACUGAUCUUAAAUAUGAUCUAGGUGAAGCUCUUGGUGUAUAUGGACAUAAUGAUAGUAAAGAGGUCAAUCAAUUUUUAGAAUUUUAUGGUUUAAAUCCAGAUGAUGUUGUUUUUAUACCAAACAAGGACAAAGGUAAUCGUUUCGAAUCAAGAACUAUAUUUCAAUUAUUUUCACAAGUUCUUGAUAUUUUUGGUCGUCCAGCUAAAAGAUUUUAUGAAUCUUUGGCACAAUAUGCCACUGACGAGAAAGAAAGAGAAAAGUUAUUAUGGAUGGCUAGUAAUGAAGGAUCUCAAGAAUUUAAACGUCGCGUUGAAGACACAAUAACAUAUGCAGAAUUAUUGUAUGAAUUUACUUCCGCACAUCCACCUAUUGAAGAUCUCGUACAAUUAAUUGCACCAAUUAAACCGCGUCAUUAUUCAAUCGCUUCUGCUCAAAGUGUACAUCCUAAUAGUGUACAUCUUUUAGUUGUUACCGUUGAAUGGGAAAAUUCUAAAGGUGUAAAACGUUUCGGGCAAUGUACGCGUUAUUUAGCCGGUCUUAAGGUUGGAGAUAGUGUAACUGUUUCUAUUAAACCUUCUGUUAUGAAAUUACCUCCAAGAGAUACUCAACCUGUUAUUAUGGCCGGUUUGGGUACUGGAAUGGCUCCAUUCCGUGCAUUUAUUGAGGAACGCGCUCAUCGUAAAGCACAAGGAAAAGAAGUUGGUCCUAUGAUACUUUAUUUUGGUUCACGCCAUAGAUCAAUGGAAUAUCUAUAUGGAGAGGAAUUAGAGGCUUAUAAUAUAGAAGGUUUACUAACUCAUUUGAGAUUAGCAUUCUCACGUGACCAAGAAAAUAAAGUGUAUAUUCAGCACAAGAUGCAAGAAGAUUCUGAAUUGUUACAUCAAUAUUUACUUAAAGAUGAAGGUUGGUUCUAUCUUUGUGGACCUACUUGGCCAGUACCUGAUGUUAAAGAUGCGAUUGUUAAUAGUUUUGUAACAGCUGGCGGUUAUACUUCAGGUCAAGCAGUUGAUUGGGUAAACAAGUUAAAAGAUUUAGAAAGAUACAUUUUAGAAGUUUACUAAGAAAAAGAUAUUCACGUAAAACAAUUUUUGAUCUUAAAUUAUUAUUAGUCAUAUUUGUAUAGUAU